AUGUAUAGAACAAACACAAAGACCCCGCUAGCAAAUCCUGCUCCACAAGAUUCUUUGAAUCAUAAAAAAUCAUCCAGUACAGAGAGUCCCUAUGACGAAGAUAGCUCUCCAGACCCACCACUCCUUAAGACUAAAUCAAAUAUCGAUAAGAGUCUCCGCUCUUUGCUCCCUCCAAUAAGUCCUAAAAAUUACCGUAAAGCCACAACUUUGCAAAUCGAAGUUCCUCAACGUACAGUAAAACAGCCCACCAAGUCUUAUCCUUCAUCUGCUACUGAAAAUAAUAAAAUAACCAGAAGCAAGAUUACAAUGAUCGACGACUUUGGUCUGUUGAAUCAUGAAGAUUUAGAUUCUGACGCACAAACCUAUCAUCCUUAUACCACUAGGAGGAGAAGUGUCGUUAUUUCUGAUUUUUGAGGCAAAAAAACUACUCAGGCUGUAUUGCAGUCUCCUGAGCUGAAAGACGCAGUUAGGUAUAUGAAGCACAAAAGAUUUGUUGACGACCUAACGCUAAGAUCAACGAUAGCAAGCAAUUCUUCUCCCAGACAUAUGGAUGAAAAUAUAAAUUUAAAACUUAUGGCAUAUAAUGCCAAAGGGUCGUCAACGCCAACCCUCUCACCUUUUUCAGUUAAAACACCUGAAUUCGUAAUUAAAAAUGAGCAAGAUAUGAAAAGGUCAAAAGAGCUGAAAAUGUUGAAUGAAAUCAUGAAAGAUUGCGAUGAGCUGCAUACUGAUAUACAGAGCUUAUCGGAAAAUAGAAGGAAAAGCUUCCCUAUUAUUCCCCAUAAGCUAACAGCUGGAGAGAAAAAGAGAAUCAAGUACAAUAAAAAGCUAUUAAUGUAG